AUGGAGGGCAGCGCCGUCGAGGGUCAGCGGCGGCGGCGGCGGCUGCCGUCCAGCGUCGACAAGGUGCUCGGCAACGACGACCUCCUCGGCGUGAUCCUCCUCCGCACCGGCGGCUGCCCCGUCACCCUCGUCCGCGCCGCCCUCGUCUGCAGGGGCUGGUACCGCCACGCCUCCCUCGCAGCCUUCCUCCGCCGUUUCCGCGAGCGCCACGGCCGGCCCCGCCUCCUCGGCUUCUACGUCCAGCUCGGCCACUGGACCUCGCUCCCGCGGUUCUCCCCGCUCCCUGGCCUGCCGCAGGAGCUCGCCGCCAUGGUUCGCCGUGCCAGGCUCGAUGUGGAGAGCUACGGCGGAGCCGAGGCCCCCUGGAUCUGCACCGACCUGGGCUGCUGGAACGGCCGCCUCCACAUCAGCGUGUGCUCCCUCUCCUCCAGUAGCAGCAGCGACAGCACGGUGGUGUGCCACCCUCUCCUGCCCGGGAGAGAAUGGGUCGUGCUCCCACCCAGCCCAGACCGCAUGAGCUUCUACUGCGAUGGCGUCCGCCACAAAUUCCUGCAAUUCCAUGGCUUCGUCCCUAACCUCGGCGGCAGCGUCGAGGACGGCCUCCCGUACAUCUUCCUGACCAUUGGGACCAAGCAAAACCAAACCAUCGCGCACGUGUACGCAGCACGCGAUGGUGGCCGUGACGAUUCCUCCUGGAGCGUUCUUGCAACGGCCGUGGCUGAAAAGCCCUUCUUCCUCAUGAGCAACCAGCAAUCCAAGGUCGUUCUCCUCGACGGCGCGGUCUACGCGGUGGCGAAGCACGACGACGGGAUCGCGAUCCUCAAGCUGUGCAUCUCGUCCUCGACCUUCUCGGUCACCGCCGUUCCCGAUCAUGUGCUGGUGGAGGGGGAAUUCAAGGGAGCGUUCAUGCUGUCACCGGCCGACGAUGAUUCUUCCUCCGGGAUCUAUCUGAUCAACUGCAUCGGGACUCAGCUGAACAUCUGGCUCCACAAGACGAGCAGCAGGAGCAGCAGCAAUGGCGAGACGAACGACGACUGGACGAUGGUUGAUACCAUCAUGCUGGAAACAUUCUGGGGGACGGAGGAGGAUGAUUAUCAGGUUGAUCAGGAGGAGGUCGAUGUUGACGAACAUGUUGUCAUACAUGCGGUCACGGCUAAUGCAGACUUCGUGUUCUUCGAGAGGUACUGUGAUGGCAUCAUCUACCUGCUUGAUGUUAGGGCCAGGGCUGCGCAGAAGGUCUAUGAGCAUGAGGCGAGCCUGCUGCAUCAUCGGGUGCUCAGGAUCCGGCCCUUCACGAUGCUCUGGCCGCCGACCUUCCCAGCCCUCAAGGAAGAUGAUCCUGAUGCAACAAGCACAGUUGGGCGCUGCAAGGUGUUCUACGUGGAUGUGAGGAGGAACAUCGUGGAAGGUGUUCGAGGUGACAUCGAAGGAGGUGCUCUGCCUGUGAUCCAUCAAUUGAUGAUGGUUUGGCCCUGCUAUCUUCCCAGUGCUGGAAUAGAUCAAGGAUCCUGA